AUGGAUAAAGCCAUUCAGCAUCCCAGUGAGAUCCUGUCUAAUCAAACUCUCUCUAACAUUAGCUAUUCCCAGUUUUUGAACUUUGAUACAUGCCAACUUUCCUUCCUUGCAGAAUUCUUGCUUAUUACAGCUUACACCUUAGUUACACUAGUGGGGCUUUUUGGCAAUCUUUCCUUGAUUAUUAUAAUAAAGAGACAGAAAGAAACUCAAAAUGUUACCAACAUUUUGAUUGCCAACCUCUCUUUAUCAGAUGUCUUGAUCUGUAUCAUGUGUAUUCCUGUCACAGUUGCAUAUACCUUAAUGGACCACUGGAUCUUUGGGGAAGCAAUGUGUAAAAUAGGUUCUUUCAUACAAAGUUUAUCUGUCUCAGUCUCCAUUUUCUCCCUUGUACUCAUUGCUGUUGAGAGAUAUCAGUUAAUUGUGAACCCUCGUGGCUGGAAGCCUAAUAUUUCACAUGCUUACUGGGGAAUUCUUUGCAUCUGGGGACUUUCCCUUGUAAUAUCCAUUCCUUUUUUAAUGUAUCACAAAAUAACUGACGAACCCUUCAAACAUCUGUCUUUCCAUAGUGAUUUCUACAAGAACAAGGUUGCUUGCAUUGAAGCAUGGCCAUCUCUUACAGAGAGACUGAUUUUCACCACUAGCCUGUUGGUUUUCCAGUACUGCUUCCCACUGGGCUUUAUUUUUAUCUGCUAUCUCAGGAUAUUUGUAUGUCUUCGAAGGAGACGUGGUAAACUAGACAGGAUGAGGGAGAAUGAGAACAGGCUGAGUGAAAACAAAAGGAUUAACAUGAUGUUGGUAUCCAUUGUUGUGACUUUUGCUGCUUGCUGGUUGCCUCUCAAUAUAUUCAAUGUUGUGUUUGACUGGAACUAUGAGGCACUAAUGAGCUGUAAUCAUAACCUGGCAUUUACAAUAUGCCACCUCAUGGCCAUGAUCUCCACCUGUAUCAACCCCAUCUUUUAUGGAUUUCUGAACAGGAACUUUCAGAAGGAUUUGGUAGUCCUAGCUCACCACUGCAGAUGUUCAGCACCACAAGAGGAAUAUGAAAACAUUGCCCUUUCAAACCUGCAAACUGAUGCAUCUAAGGGAUCUCUGAAACUAAACAAUCCACCUGUGGAUAUAUAA